UCGUGCCCGUCGAGGGUAGCACGAGCCUGGUGGAGCUGGUGCUGGACCACUCGAUCGAGCUCAGCGCGAGUGCGGCGAGCUUCUUGCUCGAUCAUCAUCCCCAGUUGCGCAAACAGCGGCUGGAGAUACAGCGGGAACGUCGGUCGAGGAUGGCCGCGACGGCGAAACACGAUCUGCGUCGGAAGUUCCCGACGGACACGUCCACCUCCGGCGACGAGGACAUCGCCGCGAUCGCGAAGCAGAUCAGCGAUCACGCGGAGGCGAUCUAUCAGACCUGGAAGAGCCGGGGUCUGGCGCCCACGGAGAUACUGAAUUGCCACAGCAACGCUACCGCCGCCGACAAGUUUGGCAGCGCGUUGACGCCAACGGCGAACGCCACGGGGAAGACCUCGCCGACUGGCACGACGUCCGCCGCCGCCGCGGUCGAGAUUCUCGCCCAGGCGCCGAACCUGGACAACGGCAACCUGGAGAAGCUGGUGAACAACUUCGUGGUGGAGGACAAGGCGAGACUGGCCGCGUCCAGGCAGCGAUCGCCCUCGAAGACGCUGCCGUCGUCGAUACAGUUCGCGCUGCAGAAGUUCGAGAGGAACUCGACGCAGCAGCAACCGCCGCAGACGUCGCCGUUGAAGAGCAGCGGCGUCGGGGCGCAGCCCAAGACGAAGCAGACGAACGUUCUGCUGUCGCCUACGUCCCCGUUCGCGAACAAACCCUCGCAGAUCGUGAAGCCCCAGGUCUCCACGAAGACUCCCGGUGCCCAUCAUCGGGAGGUCUUCCUGGAGACUAUAGAGACGACGUUCCCGGCGGAUCUGGCGCCGUCCACGAAGAUCGUGCAGCAGAAGAGGCCGACCAGCACGGUGAUCACGUCGCCGAUCGGUUCGAGCCUCGAGGACGCCGCGGGCACCGCGAACCCCGGACUGACCACUUGGCCAUUGAAGAACAAGCUGAACGAGAACAAGAGAUCGCCGGACGGCGCCGCGAGAUCGAUCCAGGAAGGGAAAUCGUUGAACGCGAAGGAGGAGAAGAGAAACACGGGCUCCAAUUCCAGUGUUUACCUGGACGAGGUGGCUCGCGAGGAGGAGAGGCUGAUAAACGCGUUGAAGACGGGCUCGGUGAUCACGGAGGAGCCCGCGGAGAGGACGUUGCCGGCUCUGACUCGGCAGAAGCCGGCGAUCAAGCGGGAGAAACCGAAGGUGGAGCCGGUGAAGCCGAUAAUCAUCGGUCACAAUCACCACGGGACCGGUCUGAUCCCAGCUUCCGCGACGAUGGUCAACAAUGUCGUCUCUCCGGCAGCUGGGGCGAACGCCGCCGCGGUAUCCGAGCCGAAAUCGCUCAGCAAGGACGAUCUGUCGAACAUGUCCGUGGUGGAUUACGCGAAAGUCAGGUACAGAGCGGCUCAACAGAAUCCCUCGACCCAGCAGAGACUCGAGGAGCAGAGGACCAGCGGCGCGUCUACGUUCAAUUCCACGGAUCAGUUGGUCUCGACCACCAGGUCCAAGUUCGAAACGGAGAUACGAAAGGACAAGGAGAUCGGUAAAGACGACAAGGAUCCCGUGACCUCCAGAUGGGGGCCCAGAAUUUACACGCCCAGACCCAGGAUCGAGCAAGUGCCUCAUCCCGAGCUGACCACGCAGCAGAAACAGCACAUCAGAGCAGCCGCGGCCACGGGGACCGGGAACAAUCCUAUCAGACCGUUUCUGACCAGAGGAUCCGUCGCUGAGCGUGUUCUGAUCUUCGAGAAAUGCCCCAGCGAGCUGUUGCUGGACAAACGUGGACCGAGGCAACCGGCCAUCAACACCUGGAAGACCGGGCACGAGGUUCAGAACAGGGCACAGACGUACGCGAAAGACAAGGCACAGCAGAAGAAUCUACCGCCCCACACGACACUCCAGAGGCACGUGAAAGCGAACAGAAACGUCCACAUACCACGAUUUUAUUUCCCCGGAGGGAAGCCGUUGCCACUCUCGCAAUUGGAGGCAACUAUCGCCAAGAUCACUGCAGCUUUUCAGGGUCUGCCGGACCAUCUUGCUUCUCGCGCCGAAUUUCACACGAUCACCAAGGCAUGCGACCUGCCACUCUACUGGAAGGUGCCGCUUUUCCUCGCGGCUGGCGGAGAUCAAAUUGGAUACGUCGAGAUGAACGCCUUCCUUGAUUUCUGGAGAGAAAUAUCGAACACCCACCACGACGCGGCGAGCAAGUUUAUCAGAAUCACAACCCGAGGCCUCAGGAACAAUAUACUUCCCGAGGAUUUAAUCCCGCUGGUGCAAGACGUGGUCGAGACUCAUCCCGGUUUAACUUUCCUGAAAGAGGCUACUGAGUUCCAUUCACGCUACGUACACACGGUGAUCGCCAGGAUAUUUUACUGCGUGAACAGAAGCUGGAGCGGUAGGAUCUCCGUGGCCGAACUGAGAAGAAGCAACUUGUUGUCGGUGAUCGGUGUCCUGGAACACGAGGAAGACAUCAACCAAGUCACCGCGUACUUUAGCUACGAGCACUUCUACGUGAUAUACUGCAAAUUCUGGGAGCUCGAUCGGGAUCACGAUCUCUUCAUCGAUAAGACGGACCUCACCAAGCACAACGACCACGCCCUGUCGAAGCGUAUGAUCGCGAGAAUAUUCAGCGGCGCCGUGACAAGGGGCGGUAUGAAAAGUGGCAAUGGCGUCCAACAGCCCCAGGAUAAGAUGAGCUACACGGAGUUCGUGUGGUUCUUGCUGAGCGAAGAGGACAAAAAUCAUCCGACAGCGAUCGAGUACUGGUUCAGGUGCAUGGACCUCGACGGGGACGGAUAUCUGUCGAUGUACGAACUGGAAUACUUUUACGAGGAACAAUUGCAUCGUAUGGAGGCUAUUGGACUGGAGACGUUGCCUUUCGAGGACUGUCUCUGUCAGAUGUUGGACAUGAUCAAGCCAGCGACGCCAGGAAAGAUAUCUUUGAACGAUUUGAAGAAAUGUAAGAUGACCUCGAUCUUCUUCGACACCUUCUUCAACCUCGAGAAGUAUCUUGAUCAUGAGCAGAGAGAUCCGUUCGCAUCAGCGAGAGAGCACGAUCCCGAUGGCCACGAGCUGUCCGACUGGGACCGAUUCGCAGCCGAAGAAUACGAGAUGCUGGUCGCCGAAGAGAGUGGUAACGAACAGAGCGAACAGAUGCUGUGUGAUGAUGAAAUGUAACCAUCAUCUACAGCUCAGUCGUACGAUUCCAUGCCGGAGGACGUAUUUUCUCAAAACCUGGAGAUGCUAGAGGGUGGAUCGGUAGACAUGUUACAGAGCACGGACAGCCAGUCUCAAGGAUACUCUGACGG